AUGAACGGCAGAUUCGGAUCAAAAUCGCAGAGUAGCAAUUCCCGAGAGAGGACUCCUACUCAUGCAAGUGACCGAGCGACGAAGGCUAUCAUACGCAAAGACGGUCCAGCCACGAAACUCUCCCAGAAUGCGUUCUUCAACUUCCUGAGGGUUUUCCGAAAGAAGCAUUCGGGAUGGACGUCCACGAAGAUCGCCAUCGAAGGCGCCCGCAAAUGGUGCUCAUUGCCGAAGAAGGAUAAAGAUAGAUUCAAAGGUAUACCACGAAAGGCUCCGAUAAGUAAGAUGAGAGAAAACUGUGGCAAGAAGAUGAAGAGAAGCUGCGGACGUAAACGAAGGAAGAAAAGCAGUUGCGGUCGCAAGAGGAAGAGCCGCAGCAGCUGCGGCAGGAAGAAGAGAAGACGCAGAAAGAAGUCGAGCUGCGGAUGCCCCAAGAAACGACGGAGGAGGAAGAGUCGAGGAUGCAAGAAGAAACGCCGCAGGAGGAGCCGAGGAUGCAAGAAACCCAAGAGAAGCUGCAGAUGUAUCUAA